UCAUUGUAGGACACAAACCACUCACUGAAAAAUGGCAACCAUGAAAAUGCUCCUUACCUUAUUGGUGGCUGCAAUUUUAUUUUGCAGCCACCAACAAGUUGCCACGGCAAGAGAAGUAGUCGUGGCCGAUGACGGAAAUGAGUUACAACUUUGGCCAUGGAAAAUUCCAUGUUAUCUGCCGUGGCCAUUCCCGUGGCCACGGCCAUGGCCAUGUCCUAGCCCUCCUCCACCACCACCACCACGGCCAUGCCCUCCACCACCUCCACCACCAUGCCCANNCCCACCCGCCCCGAGUUCGAGCUGCUCAGCUAGUGACGAAGCAAAGAUUUACAAGUGCAUGUUCAACGAAACUAAAAUUGAUCCAUGUUGCCCAGUAUUCAAGAGCACACUUGGUACUAGUUGCCCUUGCUAUAAAUAUGCAGAGAAUUUGGGUAAUCAAGAGUUAAUCGCUCUUCAAGCUUAUUGUGACAUUGAUAGCCCUUGCAAGGGUUUGCAAGUGAUUAAGCUGUCCAGGGAGGAAGAGUAAAAAUAAAGAAACUUGAUAUUUAAUUCCAGAUCUUGUAUCAGAUGAUUUGCUGUUAAUAUUUCUGUUGAAUAGUCUUUAAACUAUGGUUUAGUCUACCAUGUUUUAAGACAUUGUAAUUUCUAGGGGUAAACUUGUAAUUUUCUGUUUCAAGCAAUAGUUUGGCAUAUCUGUCAAAUUCUUAGCAAUAAUUUUCUGUUUCAAGCUAUGUUCUUGUACUCAUUUCGCAGCCCAAUGUUCUCUACUUUUCUGUA